AGCCAGGGCUGGGCGCUGAGCUCCGGGCACCGAGGUGGGCAGGUGCGGGCCUGUGCGGGCCGCUGAGGAGCCCGCGGUUCCCAGCCGCGCCUAGCCGUCGGGGGGGAUCUCCUGCGCUGCGGCGGCGUUCGCUCCUGUGCACCUGCUCCUGGAAGCCGACUGAGGCCAGAUCAUGGCUCUCCACCCUCGAAGAGUCCGGCUGAAGCCCUGGUUGGUGGCCCAGGUGGACAGUGGCCUCUACCCUGGUCUCAUCUGGCUGCAUAGAGAUUCCAAACGCUUCCAGAUCCCCUGGAAACAUGCCACGCGGCACAGCCCCCAGCAGGAGGAAGAGAACACCAUUUUUAAGGCUUGGGCUGUGGAGACUGGAAAGUACCAGGAAGGGGUGGAUGAUCCUGACCCCGCCAAAUGGAAGGCGCAGCUCCGAUGCGCUCUCAACAAGAGCAGGGAGUUCAACCUGAUGUAUGACGGCACCAAGGAAGUGCCCAUGAAUCCGGUGAAGAUCUAUCAAGUGUGUGACAUCCCCCAACCCCAGGGCUCUGUCAUUAACCCAGGAUCCACAGGCUCUGCUCCUUGGGACGAGAAAGAUAAUGACGUGGAUGAAGAUGAGGAGGAGGAUGAGCUGGACCAGUCACAGCACCAUGUCCCCAUCCAGGACACCUUCCCCUUCCUGAACAUCAACGGUUCUCCCAUGGCGCCAGCCAGCGUGGGCAACUGCAGCGUGGGCAACUGCAGCCCUGAGUCAGUGUGGCCCAAAGCGGAGCCUCUGGAGAUGGAGGUUCCCCAGGCACCCAUCCAGCCCUACUACAGCUCCCCGGAGCUGUGGAUCAGCUCCCUCCCCAUGACUGACUUGGACAUCAAGUUUCAGUACCGUGGGAAGGAGUACGGGCAAACCAUGACAGUGAGCAACCCCCAGGGCUGCCGGCUCUUUUAUGGGGACCUGGGCCCCAUGCCUGACCAGGAAGAGCUCUUCGGUCCUGUCAGCCUGGAGCAGGUCAAGUUCCCGGGCCCAGAGCAUAUCACCAAUGAGAAGCAGAAGCUGUUCACCAGUAAGCUGUUGGAUGUCAUGGACAGGGGACUGAUCCUGGAGGUCAGUGGGCACGCCAUUUACGCCAUCAGGCUGUGCCAGUGCAAAGUGUACUGGUCGGGCCCGUGUGCCCCUUCACUUGCUGCGCCUAACCUGAUUGAGAGGCAGAAGAAGGUCAAGUUGUUUUGUCUGGAAACAUUUCUGAGCGAGCUCAUUGCCCACCAGAAAGGACAGAUAGAGAAGCAGCCUGCGUUUGAGAUCUACUUGUGCUUUGGGGAAGAGUGGCCAGACGGGAAGCCGCUGGAGCGGAAGCUCAUCCUGGUCCAGGUCAUUCCAGUGGUGGCUCGGAUGAUCUAUGAGAUGUUUUCUGGUGAUUUCACCCGGUCCUUUGACAGCGGCAGUGUUCGCCUACAAAUCUCCACUCCAGACAUCAAGGAUAACAUCGUCGCUCAGCUCAAGCAGCUGUACCGAAUCCUUCAAACCCAGGAAAGCUGGCAGCCCAUGCAGCCUGCCCCCAGCAUGCAGCUGCCCCCUGCCCUGCCUGCCCAGUGACCCUGACUGCCAUGGGUGUCCUCCUUUCUCCUCUCUCUCUUUUUAUAUUGUACAUAUGGAUUUUUUAAAAUUCAGAUUUAACCAACUUUUAAAUCUCCUUUCUUUAGCAUCAUUAGAAGUCUGCGACUUUCCAAAUAUGCCUGGUUUUAAAAAUCUGCUUUAAUUUAUCAAAAUAUUUUCCUUCUGAGGGGUUCC